CUGAUCCUCUUCCUUUCUCUCGUCCAUCUGCUGCUCUUCUUCACCACUUUCGCUAUCUGAGGGCCUCCGUCCACACAUGUCCUCCGCGGUCGCUCCGACUUUCGUGUUCUUUUCUUCUCAGCAGCAGCAGCAGGGGCAGCAGCAGCAGCAGCAACAGCAGCCACCCCCACACCCUCCGCCUCCCCACCAGCAGCCACCCCAGCAACUUCCCCAAGAGCUCUACAACCCAAAAGACGAGGAACAGGUUCUUUCCGACGACGCACGAAGCGUAGCAGAGACCUCUCAAGCCUUGUCGUCCAACGGCUCCUCUGCUUCUCGUAGACGGCGCUCCGUGCUCGCCGAUGGAACUGUGCGGAGAAGAAUCACGAGAGCCUGCGAUCAAUGUAACCAGCUCCGGACAAAAUGCGACGGCAAACAGCCCUGUCUUCGCUGCAUUGAAUACUCCCACCCCUGCGACUACGCCCGGCAACGCAAAAAGCGCGGUAAAAUCUCCAAACGCGAUCUCCAGGAACAGGCUGCUGCAGAAGCCGCCGCCGCUGCAGAAGCUGCAACCGUUCUUGUGAAUGGUAGUAUGCACCAACGCCAGCAGCAGCGCCACUUUAACGACCACCACCACCAACAACAACAGCAGCAGCAACAACAGCGAACCGCAGAAUACGGCGACAGUCACGCCGACGAGCGCCUAAUUGACGAAGAAAUGCUAGACAGUGGUCUCGAUACAGUGACAGGAGAUGACUCGCAGCGCAAUUCAGCUCGAACCGGCACAGAUCAUACGUCGACAGAUCAGUUUAUGCUCUACGGCACAUCUCCGAACACGGUCAUGAACUCCGGCGCCCAUGACGGACCUGCAUACACCGACUCUCCCAAUGGUCUAGCAGCGUUCCUUGCGUCUGCAACACCAGGUAGUCCCCCGUCCCCCAAUGCGCCAAUGCCGCCUGCAAACACCGCGCUACCGUCGCCUAACGUGCAAACACCGGCGGGAACUGGCGCCACUCGGUCUUCGAUCUCGGUCCAGAAGCAGGUAUCUCCAGCAAGUAGUAGUCACAGCAACUCUCAGCAGCAGCAGCAUCAUAGUCAUCAUCAUCAGCAGCAGAAACAAGUGGCUAGUGGCGAUACCCCUGCCUGGUUGACACUUGCAUCGCCGCCUGAACCAAAUAUUCCUGAGUACGUCUCGCACAGCUCCUCGCUCGGUUCGAUUCCGCUCACGCCUCUACCACCUACUCCGACCGCAAUGCCCCGCUAUCCUGUGCUGAAUGAGGUAUUUGCGCAGCUACUCACCUUCAUGCCGAACUCUCUGCCGAGUGACUUGCUCGAAGACUAUUUCAGUUCGUUUUCACGGAAUAUAUACUGCCUCGCUCCUAUUCUGCGAAAGUCAUCGAUCUUGGCUCAGGGUCAUCCUCGGUCUUGUUCGCCUUCGCUUUUGUACGCGCUUCUGCUGUCGGCCGCAUAUACCUCUGAUAACCCGCACAUGACGUCGUCGCCUUCUGCGAGACUAGAUAUCAUCCACCGGCUACUCGAUCUCUGUGUCUCGACUUUACGACCGCUUCUGCAUACGACAGUGCACGGUACCCUUGACGACGUGAUGACGUACAUUCACUUGGGAACAGUCACAUCUGCUUCGGAGUUCAAGGGCUCGAGUUUGCGCUGGUGGAAUGCAGGAUGGGCGCUAGCGAAGGAACUCAAGCUUAAUAGCGAGCACCCUGAUCUCGACGAAGAGACGCGCGAAGAAAUGCGUCGUACCUGGUGGCUUCUUUAUAUGGUCGAUCGACACUUGGGACUGUGCUACAACCGACCGCUCGCGCUUCUUGAUGCGCAGUGUAUGAGCCUUUAUCAGCCUCUGGCGACAGAGGAAGAGUGGAUGUCUAUGAACUCUGACAGUCCGCUGACACCGCCUGAGCUGGUUCCGGACGUAAGUCUGCGCAAGGGUGUAUCUUAUGUCGUUACGGGCACAAGUAUUUUUGGAUUCUUCUUGCCGUUAAUGGCGAUUCUUGGUGGCAUUGUCGAAGUACAUCACCUAGAGCAGCACCCUACUUUCCACCUCGGACCCGCAGCCGGUGAAAUACGGAAGCACCUCGGCGAGUCUCUCGACCAAUACGAGCACAGUCUGAACGCAACUCCCGACGAGCCAGGCCUGAAUAACGUGUGGAGGUAUUACGCGACUCACUUGUCCUACGUCCUUCGCAUUCUGCUUGCAGGAUACUGGGAUCCGAUUGAUCUCCUAAACGCGCCUGAUACGCUUCUUUCGACCACAGAAUUUAUGACCUGCGUCUCACACGCGCUCCGCUCCGCCGACGCCGUCAAAUCCGUCCUCCGCCACGAUCCCGAACUGGUGUUUAUGCCCUUCUUUUUCGGCGUCUACCUCCUGCACGGAAGUUUCAUCUGGCUAAUGCUCGUCGACAAGCUCGAGUCCGAAGUCAGCGAAGAAGUGCGCGAGGCCUGCGAGACAGUUGUGCGCGCCCACGAGGUCUGCAUCGUCACGCUAAACACCGAGUAUCAGCGCAACUUUAGGCGCGUCAUGCGCGGUGCGUUGGUGGGCAUGGUGAAGCCGCUAGAUGGUCAUGCUGAUAAUUCUGAAAUCAGAGAAGAAGGUCGGCGAAGACGGAGAGAGAUCGUGGGUUCUUAUAGGUGGUGUCCGGGCGGCAACGGUCUUGCUGUGUGAUUCUUCCAUCCGCUGAGGCUGUUUUGUGUUGUUUGAUUAUCUUUCUUGUAUUAUUCUGUCUGGAACGAGCAUUUUGUCGUCUUUUGUCUUUUGUCUUUUUGUUUUGUCAUUUUGAUAUGAACGGUACAUUAUGAAUUGUCGGUGUUAUAGCGUUUUCUCCUUUUCUCUCUUCUGCUACGAUUUUGAUUUUACUUUUUGUUUUUUCCCACUUUUGUUUUAUUACUCUAUCCUCUUCUCUAAUGUACAUUUAUCUUUUCCAUUUCCAUCA